GAGCAUCCAUUUUGUUGUUCAUUCCUGAAAUCGGUUGCGAGGAGGAAAAAGGAAGACGUUUACCGGUUGCAAUCAAGCGAUUUCCCGCGAGAUUAUGGGAAAGUCAGCACAUUUCCUUUUAUUAUCAGUGCGUUGUGAAUUAUUAAUAGUUUAUUUUACGACGUGAGUCCGCUCUCUGUCGUAUAACACUCGCACACAAGCAUGGAUAGGGAGAGUGCGACGCUGCUGGCCACCGUGUGCGCACUCUUGGCGGAUUCCGCCAAACCUCUGCCCGAUGACACCAGCCUGGAGAAACUACUGGACCGGCUCACCGAAUUCUCCGAGGCAGGUGUAUCACUUCCAGAUAGUUGUCCAUGCCUUCUUGACUUCAUCUCUACCAUAGCCUCCAACUCCACUUCUGAUCCCAGCAUCCGCUCCUUUGCCCUCAAGCUCAGCGGCCUGUUGGCAGCCACCGAGGAUGGCUACAGGGCCUUGCAGGUAGGGAGUCAACAGACUUCUGGCACAUAUAGGUGCAUGUUGAUAAUAAAUGUGAAGCUUGUGGAAAACAUACUUAUUUCAGUCGUUCAAUUGAAAAAGUGA